AUGUCCAAGCUCAUUGCCCGGCGAGAUCAAAGCAGCCGUUCCAGCCAAAGGUCAAGAAGGGCCAGCAUUGGGUCCGGAGAGAAUGGUGCCGAGGACAGCCAGGUACUAUUCAUGAAAAAGACCACGGGAAAGAAAAGAAAAGGGCGAUCAUUUUCCGAGAUCAGCCACAAUUCCGCCAUAAGAUUAGAUGAAUCCUCAGUUGGCAAAGACGACGUUGAAAGUGACGGGGAGGCGGCCGCCAUGGAAGAACUGGUUGCAAAUAUGAUCGACAGAGAGAUACAAGAGUGGCAAUUCGUUUGCGAAAUAGGCCGUCCAUACUGGUGGUCACCCGAACAGAAGUUCCUUCGAAUGCGAAAGCACUCCCCUGGAAAUUCGAACAAGUAUGAUUAUCGAAAGUGGAUGGAAGAGAACGAAUGCAGGCCAAAGCAAGCCGCUGGUUAUCAACGUCGAGCAGUCUCCGAGGGGUAUUUGUCUGACUCAAGCAGCGCUCAUAGUUUGGCACAAAUGGCUGCAGUCCGGCUACUCAGCUCGUGCUUCACACUCCCUCCGGAUUGUGUCCUCGGUUCACCCAGCUACCCCACAUCUGACAAAAUCCCUGGGAUUACAGUUCUAGACCCUCGAAUGAUUAGUUCUUUGAGAAUGCAUACAAAUUUCCGAUUCUCCCCAUGCUUUGGACACCAGGCUCGCAACACCUCGCCCGUAACGCAAUGGCCAAAUACAUUGGAUGGACAGAGUGGAACUACGUCGAUACCAGUGUCUCCGGAAGGAUCUGGCUUUCAGACUCCAGAGAUCGGCACUUCGGAAGUCAAAAGGAGGAGAAGGCUAGCACGUCGAAGACUGCAUGUAACAGAACGUUCAAGCAUGGAAUCCUCGGUGGAAGGUGAUUCUGGCGACCAUGUGCGCUCAAGUUCAGAAGUUCUCGAUCCAACUGUUGCUUCUACAGCUUCGGAAAGAGGAAAGAGCACACCCGACCAAUCUCGGCGGAGUCAUACCCUUCCAAUGCUUGGCGAUACGAAUAGAAGACGAAAAAAUAGGAAUUUCCAGAAGCAGCAGCCACCUCCCAAUACCCCGGUAGGCGGGGGGAAGAAGUUGGCUGAAGCUCAUCAUGGUACGGAAGUUCGUCAACAGCCAAGGACAAUUUAUCGUAUGCAACCGGUUAUACGCUCAGAACCCCAUCACGUUUUUAUUCAGCCUGUCCGAGAGUUAGUGGUAAAGCGAUGGCGAACACUGAGACGACGAUUUGGAGGUAGUCUGCAUGCUCCUCUGACAGAUGGGCGAUCCGAAGAUAAGGUGUCGACAGGUUCGGAAUCUGGCGCGAGCGAAGUUCUAGGCCUUGCUCAUAGCAACGAUGGUAAGGCUCGAAGACAAAGAGCGCGGGAAAGAGGCAAUAUCCACAGCAGUAUUGUUGAUAGCGAAGGACACUGCAACUCUCCGGCGACUCCAUGUCCUACUCCAGAAGAGAGGGGCGCCCACAGGCCGCUCAGGGCUGAUUCGGUGGAGGCCAGUCUGUCAUUCGCACUCGCAGACCCAUUGUCGGCUACAGCGGCGUUGGCUGCUGCUGAGCCUGCUAGAAAAGAAGCCAAUAAUGGAGAGAAAUUGUAUGCUUCUGCGCCAUCUUCCACUUCUAUACCAGCUUCCUCGCCGCAGCCUCCAACUGGAACAUUGGCAUGGUCACCACCAACCUCUACUCGCAACCGGUCAUUCGCGCCGAGAGCGUCGCACUUGCGAAGAAGCAGGCUUUCUGAGGUUCACACGCCAGAAGAUUGUCUUACUGCUGAUGCACCAGCAGAGGUUGAUCGGGAAGCUGUUGACAGAGGCAUACUCAGCGCAGCGGGAAGUGCACUUGCAAGUCCCGGGGGAGAAUCACCGUCGCCUCUAGCUAGAAUUGCAGGUCCUACUAGUUAUUUCGACGUGGAAGAUCUGCUACGACCAAAAUCCCCCGGAAGAAUGAGGCUCCGCAGGACUAGCACGAGUGGGACUCAGGUAUUCCAUCCGGAUGAAGACGGCGUAGAGAUAGAUGGCCUUCCCGUGGGCCCAGGGAGAGAGAGAUGGGCAAAAAAGGGCAGCAGCAGAGAAACAACAUACCUAUGA